AUGGAUAUAGCGAUUCCAGACAUUAAAAAAAAAUGGACCAAUUUAAGGGACCAAUUCCGUAAAGAAUAUAACAAACGCAAUGAACCAGGUAGAUCCGGUGCUGCGGCGGAUCACAAAUUAACUUCGUGGAUAUAUUACGAAUCGUUACUAUUCUUGGCGAAACAAAUCACACCGAAAACUUUAACCGGAAAUGUGCCUGAACCUCCUAGCCAAGAAACUGAAGAUAUUGCGGAGUCCUCCUAUUUUUCUAAGUAUUCACCUGAAUCACAGCCACAAACAGUACCGCAGCCUGGACUCUCACCUUUGUCGCAGCCCACACCCGCACCUUUAUUGCAGCCUGGACCUUCAUCUUUGUCGCAGCUAGGAGCUUCGAAUUCAAGCCAAGCAGUAUUAUCCACGUCACAACAACAUACUAGACCACAUACCAAACCUAUUCGUGUACCUAUAACGCAAGCUCAUCGUUUUACAUCCAAUCAACCUGGAAGACUUAUGAAAAAGAGAAAUAUUGAUGUGGACCAAGAGUAUUUAGAGAUCGAAAAAAGAAAACUUCAAUUAUAUGAGUCCAGGUCAGCAGAUAAAUCUGCAGAUGAUCCUGAUCGUAACUUUUUGUUGAGUUUGCUUCCAUACUUAAAAGAAGUGCCACGAAAUAGAAAAAUCUUGGUUCAACGAAAAUUGUUAGACGUGUUCAUGGAAGAAGAAAAUACCCAACUACAGUAUUCUCCUGUAAGCCGUUACUCCGAAGAAUUAAGUCGCCCCGAUUCUGGAGACCUGUCAUCGAAUAUGUCAUUUACUCCAUGCGUUGUCAAUAUUGAAGAGCCUUUGCCACUGAUCAUUAAUCAAAUGACGCCUGCACAAACAUCCGCAUUCGCGAAGGGUCAUUUGCCACUGACCACCAAUCAAACGACUCCUUCACAAUCAUCAACAUAA